AUGGGUGAUUGGAAUUUGCUGGGGAGUAUCUUGGAAGAAGUGCAUGUUCACUCAACCAUCGUGGGGAAGAUUUGGUUAACGAUUUUGUUCGUUUUCCGGAUGCUGGUUCUCGGGGUGGCCGCCGAAGAUGUCUGGGAUGACGAGCAGGCUGAGUUCAUCUGCAACACCGAGCAGCCGGGCUGCAGAAACGUCUGCUACGAUAAGGCUUUCCCCAUCUCCCUCAUUAGGUUCUGGGUCUUGCAAGUCAUCCUGGUGUCGUCGCCGUCCCUGGUGUACAUGGGCCACGCUCUCUACCGGCUCCGAGCGCUGGAGAAGGAGCGGCAGCGCAAGCGAGCCCAGCUGCGAGCCGAGCUGGAGGACGCGGAGGCGAUGCUGGAGGAGCAUAAACUCCUGGAGAAAGAACUGAGGAAGUUGGAGGAGCAGCGGAAGAUCAACAAGGCGCCACUCCGGGGCUCGCUCCUGCGCACGUACGUCCUGCACAUUUUGACCAGAUCGGUGGUGGAGGUCGGCUUUAUGGUGGGCCAGUACCUCUUGUACGGAUUUCGACUCGACCCCCUGUACAAAUGCGUGCGGUCGCCCUGCCCCAACACCGUCGACUGCUUCGUCUCCAGGCCCACGGAGAAGACCAUCUUCAUCGUCUUCAUGCUUAGCAUCGCCGCCUUCUCCUUGUUUCUGAACAUACUCGAAAUCAUUCACCUUCUUCCCCUUAAUUUCACCUUUCAUCUUUAA